UCUGCUCCCUUUUCGUCUAAAUCUUUGUCUGGCUCGCGUGAGCGCCCUGCUUCUUUCUCUUUACUUUCGGGCUCGUUUUUGUCUCUUUUAAAAGAAGAUGCCUAUCUCUCGAGCCUUGGCCAGAGUUUGGCCUACAACCUCGUCCUCAUCAUUUCAUUACCCACCCUGUUACUUCCAGACAUCAUCGUCGUCAUCAUUAUUAUCAUUGUCCCGCCCUUGAGACACAAUCUUGCAGAUGAAGGACAUGCUCUAAUAGAUGGUGUCGAAACCUAGCUUAUUCACUGUCCUCCCUUCGGACCGACGCGCGAGUCACCCACACAUUGCCAGUCGGAAACUGACCAUCUACUCGAAGUGACUUUCAAUCUCGGACACCCCAACAUCCUCUUGGGGUAUCAUUGUGAUGGACUCAUAUGACAGCUUUGACUCCCCUGGGAGAAGCCGUGAUGGGGGCGAUCCUUAUGCCACUCGGCCAUCGGUAGAUUCGUAUCGCCGCAGAUCACCUGUUUCGCAGGACCGUCGUCGGGGGCGCGGUCGCUCUCGUUCACCUGCUAUGAUCGAUCGCUACGAACCCGCCGAUCGUCGCGCGUCGCGGGACGAUUAUUAUGGUGCGGCUCGUGAGCAUGCCGCUCGCGAGCGCGAUGACCGUCGCUCUGCGCCAUCCCCCAAUGUCGCCAACAUCGAUCGUUAUGUUCCGGGCCAAGACUCCGGCAAGCGUCCGAUUCCCACUAAUCCUUUGCCUAACCCCCUCAAUCUGGAUUUCCAAGUUGGGUUCAAUUGGUUCGCGGAAUGGUGGAGGGCGGAACAAGCUAUUAAAGAGGAGAAAGAACGCGCUAAGCACGGUGGCCGGCGUCCGUCAGACCGCGUCAAGGGAGAACGGGAAGCUCGCGAAGACCGAGACAGAGAGCGGGCACAAAUCCAGGCGGCUUACGAUUCCUACAAAGUUGACCUCCAGGCGAAGAUGGCCCGCACCUUCGUCAAUCAUCAUCGCAACGAGGAAUGGUUUAGGGAGCGGUAUGUCCCGGAAGUACGAGAGCCUCUUCGUCGUCGAUUGAUGGACUUCCGAAUGGGCGCUUACCAGCAGUGGGAGAGCGACCUUGAUAAUGGCCUUUUUGAUGAGUUUACCUUGGAAGGCAUCUAUAAAAGUGAGAGUGAUGGCGCCGGCGGGGUGAUCGAGAAGGAAGAGGGUGAAACCACUGCUGUUGGGGAGACAUUGGGUGUCUUGGAUUUGCUCCCAGCCAGAGGUGGUGAUUUGCGCGACGAGGCGCUAUCCCAGUCAGCCCUGCUGAUCAAGACUCUGGCCCCCAACGUGAGUCGCGCGAACAUUGAAGAAUUCUGCUCAAACCACCUGGGGGACGGAGCGGGUGGCUUCAAAUGGCUUAGUCUAAGCGAUCCCAACCCUUCCAAGAAAUAUCAUCGCAUGGGUUGGAUCAUGCUUCACCCAGCUGCUGACGUUCCCGUUGUUGAAAGAGGCGAUGGGCGCGAGGAGGAAGGCGAAGAAAUGGACCCGGAUAGCAACGGAACUGUGACCGUCUCGGCCGCUGAAAAGGCCCUUGGACUUAUCAACGACGAAACAAUCCACGACCCAGUGCACGGAGACUUUGUUUGCCAUGUUGGUGUUCAUGUACCACCCUCGCAGCCCCGGAAGAAGGCUCUAUGGGACCUGUUUUCAUCCCCUGAACGUAUUUCUCGGGACUUGGAGCUGGCGAGACGGCUGGUUUCCAAAUUGGACGCCGAGAUGGGAGCCAAUACGGACGGGUACACGCGGAUUGAGGAAAGAGUGGAGGAUUUGCGCGGUAAAGGAUGGCUACAGCCCCCUGUGACCGGACCCGUCAGCGUCAAGAAAAGGAAGUCCGACUACGACGCCGAUGACAUGGAUGAAGGAGAAGCUGAAGAAGGAGAGGAGCGGGAGGGAUGGGAAGAUGACGAAGUGGAUGAUGAGGAGCUCCUGGCCAAGAAGAAGAAAUUGGACUUGAUGGUGGAAUAUCUCCGGAGAGUCUAUAACUUCUGCUUCUUCUGCGUCUUCGAGUGUGACUCGGUCCACGAGCUUGCCCGAAAAUGCCCUGGUGGACAUCUUCGUCGGCCGCGUGCUGGACUUACAACACAAUCGAAAGCCGUGGCUCGGGCUAGCGCGCUCGGACAGCCAUUCCCCGUCAAAAAGAAAGAGGCAAGUGAAGAGGGCGAGGAACAGCCUCCAGCGGCGGAAGAAAGGCGGUCACAAAGAUUCAGCUCUAAAUCCGAACAACAGCUUCAGCGAGCCUUCAACUGGGUCAGAACCUUCGAGGAUAAGCUCCUGCAAAUUCUUGAGCCUGAGAAUGUCGAUAUUGUGAAGCUGGGCGGCAAGCCAGUGGAGGAGGCUCUGGAGGAGGAGCUGAGUAAAUACAUGAAGCAGGAGGAUGAGUCUAAAUAUCGAUGCAAGGUUCCCGAGUGUACGAAGCUGUUCAAGGCGGAUCACUUCUGGCGCAAGCACGUUGAGAAGCGCCACACCGAAUGGUAUGAAAACAUUCGCAACGACCUUGCUUUGGUCAAUGCCUACGUGCUUGAUCCUGCUCGUAUCGCGCCUUCUCGCUCCGAUGCAAACAGUAACGGUCAUUUCCCCUUGAGCACUGGACAAGGGCAGGCAGGUACUCCCCGUGGAUUCAGCCUGGCAUCGAUGCCGGCGCAUUUCGCAGGCAGCGGUAGUGUGCCCCCAGGGUUUCAAGGUCUUCCUGGCUCUGGCUUGCCCGGAUUUAUGGGUGUCAGCAAUCCUUCCUGGAGCGGAACUGGUAUGGUUUCUGCUGAUGGUCAUGUCCUGCACCAACCUGGGGUUGUGCGUCGUGGUGGUGGUCGCUACAACAACCGCACCGGACCGUACGAUCGACGGGGUCACCGACCAGCAGGUGGCAAUGGCCGCCUGAGCCCAAUUCGUGGUAUGUCUGCCAUGUACGGAGCGGGAGGCCGUCUGCCCGCCAGUAUUCCUUCCGGUCAUCCUGCUGCGGCUGCUAUGAUGGGAGCUGGCGGCUUUCCUGAUGCCAGUGGGCCGCAACAAGGCAUGGGUCCGCGGGAAGCUGUUCAGGGCCGCAGUCUGAAGAGCUAUGAAGAUCUCGAUGCAGUCGGUGGAGCCGGUAGCGGGGAGUUGAAUUACUGAGAAUUAGCCCAGCUUGUAACAAUUUGGCGUUGGCUGUCAUCUCUGCACUUUCGAAUUUUUGAUUCCUGUGCCGGAUCCGUUGCGUGUGUAUUGUACUUGCCAUGUAUCUUCUUCCUUUGCAGGUCAAAACCA